UGAUCUUCGAAAUGGAGACCUCUCCAUCCCCAAUCGGUAGCGUUAUGCUUCAAAGAACCGGGAAAAGGAGGCAGGAUUCUUUUCGCCUUCCCUUUAUUCGAGCUCUCCUUCUCCCUAAGCCUUACGUUUUUCCUUCCUCUCCGGUGAAUCCUCAGAGAGACAGAAAGAGAGAGGGGAGGAGAUGAAGAUCACGGCGUUGCUGGUGAUGAAAUGCGCUGGGGAUUCGGCGGUGAUGCUGGCCAACGCCUCGGACGUCAGCCAGUUCGGUUACUUCCAGAGGUCGAGCGCCAAGGAAUUCAUCCUUUUCGUUUCUCGUACCGUUGCUGCCAGGACGGCUCCCGGCCAGCGCCAGUCCGUCCAGCACGAAGAAUACAAGGUGCAUUCUUACAACAGAAAUGGUCUUUGUGCCUUGGCCUUCACGGAUGACCACUAUCCUGUUCGCAGUGCAUUCAGUCUUCUGAAUAAGGUCCUAGAUGAAUAUGAGAAAAAUUUUGGAGAUUCUUGGAGGAGGGUGCAAACAGAUGCAAAUCAACCUUGGCCAUACUUGAAUGAAUCACUUACCAAGUUUCAGGACCCCGCAGAAGCUGACAAGUUGAUGAAGAUUCAGCGAGAUUUGGAUGAAACCAAAAUUAUUCUUCAUAAAACUAUUGACAGCGUCCUUGCAAGAGGUGAGAGGCUGGAUAGUUUAGUGGAGAAAAGUUCAGAUCUGAGUGCCGCAUCUCAGAUGUUCUACAAGCAAGCAAAGAAAACUAAUCAGUGUUGCACCAUUCUUUGAGUUGGAGAAAGAAGCACAACACAAUGCAGUGGGAUAUGCUACUCCUAGUCUUUUAUGUUGCAUAUAUCUAGAUGAUCUGAUGGUCUGUCAAAAUUGUUUAUAAUAUCUAUAAUUUAGUGUUUGCUUCACAACAUUUAGAAGUCUUCUUGUUUUUUCUUUGUUUUUCUUGGUGUGGUUGUUCCUUAUAGAUGACAUUUUUAUUUUUGUAAUCCUUUGUGCAAUUGAUUCUUACCUACCAAACAUGAAAUAGGAAGUUCAAAAUC